CCUUCGUAUUAAAGGCAAAAGAUCUUCAUAACGCAUAUAACGGCGAUCGAGAACCUUCGGGUGAAUAUAAGUGUAUAUAUACGAACGAUUUUCAACCCAUAAACCCUAGCCGCAUACAAACAAAUAUGCAUGAACCCGUCAGCCUAGAAAACCUCGGCUAAGCUUCCCGCGUAGAAAGUACAAAAUCAUCAGUGAAUUUCCCUGCCUGUGUCGCCAGAAGAGAGGAGAAGAACGAGGCUCGCCGGAGCAGAAACGAACCCCGGAGCUGCUAAGCUCGCCGGACUGAUUCACGCCGGAAAAGGGAAGAAGCCGGGAACUGUUGCCGGACUGCGGAGAAAGAAGAGCCGCCGAUCUGCGUUGCUGGACCGUGCCGCCGACUGCUGCUGUUGACAAUGGAGGAGUGAUCGAAGAGAAACCGCUGGCGAUCAACUCUGCGCACACCUGCGUUGCUGCGAGCCUGCGAGGACGACGACGAACGAAUACAAGGUGAAUUUGGAAGAGAUCGAGAUAGAAGCUUUGGUUAGGAAUUAUCACGAUUGAGGUAAGUUUCAUUGCAACCAAAAUUAUACCUUUUACCUCGUAAUUAUUUUGAAUGUUUUAAUGUACAAUUUGAGUAAUGUAUUUAUGUGUAUUAAAUUUGGGUAAAUGUUAUUCUAUAUGAAGUUGUUUGUACUUGAUAUAUUGGUUUGUUAUUAUUGGAUUUUGAUACAAGUUAUUGUAUAUGAUUUUUGGGAGAUUUUCUAAUGGUGAAUAUUUUGGUGGUGUUGUGAGUAAAUUGGAUUUUGAGAAAAUAUAUGGAAUUUUAGCGUAUUUUGAAAGAUACGAACUUUUGAUUGGAUUUUGAGAAAACAAAGAAAAGUUAAUAUUUUUAAUGGUGACACUAAUGUCUAUAAGACAUAAAUAUUGAUUUUUGGAAAGACAAGAUAAAAGAUUGAUUUCAUAAUUGGGGCACCACGGGAGAAAUCCGUAGGUGUCGGGCCACCUUCACGUCCGUUAAAGGUGAGGGAGGGUUAGGACUACUACUACUUGAAUCAAGAGGUAUGAAACAAAUUAAUUUUGGAGGGUUCGGUAACCACCCCGAACAACUGGGCAUCAGAUCCCUUUUUAUUAGAGCAGUAGUAGUAGUACCUAUUCUCUUAAGGGUCUUUGAACCUAGAACUUAGGGAGUAUAUCCCAUUUGGAGUAGGGAGACGUUGACGUCAGAACUACUUAGACUUCAUACUACUCGGAGGGCUUGGAAUCCCUUUAGGGGGUGUGCACACUUAAGGUAGAAGUCUAGAUUCUAAUAGAGGAGAUGUGGUACCGAGAGCAGAUCGGAGUGACCGUACAAAACAACGGAUCACUGGGCUCAAGAAUCGAGAUAACGCUUGAGCACCGCCCUUCUAAAUGAACUAGGAGAAUUAGCUAUAAAGCUAUUUUGAGGUAAAUCAAAUGUUUUGGUAUUUUAUUAAUUGUGAAUUUCUUAAGUACAAAUACUGGUGAUAUUGGUUUGGAAAACAUAUUUGUGGAUAUUGAUAAUGUGUUUUGUAAGGAUUGUGAUAAAGUGAUUAAGUGAGUUUUGAGAUGGAUAUUUGGAGUUGUGUAUAUGAUAUAUGCUUUGGAAUAUUUAUGAGAGUUUUUAUUACAUUUUCUAAUGUUGGAAUUAUUAUGAUUUGGAAUAUUAUUAUUUUACAUGUGAAUUAUGUUAUGAGGAUUUAUUAUAAAUAUUGUUUUACUUAUGAUUGGUAUGAAUGUUUUGAAAAGAUUUUCCUCCCAAAUGUUUUGCAAAAAUUAUAUAUAUGUAUCAAACGUGAUUAUUUUACGGGGUUGGGUGGGACUUACUUAGCAUUUCCGGCUAAUUUUUGUUUCUUGUUUUUCUUUCUUUUUCUGCACCUUAUUUGUGCAGGAGAUAAAGCUUGAGUAUCUAUUUGAUGACGAUGUUGAUUCGAGAGAGAUUCCGCUAGAACACCUAAUUAGUAAAUCAUUGUAAUUCAAUUUUUCAAUAUCUUUAAUUUAGUUAGUGAAUAUCUGUUUUUGGAGUUAAGUUGUUUUAGCCUGUGCACUCGGUUAGGGGAGAGCCGAGUGUGGCGGUAACGCCCCUAUUUCCCUUUUGGUUUUCGCUGCAUAACUCUGAUGUUUUUCAAAUAAAGUUGAUAUUUCUUUUGAAUAAAGUAUUAUUUUUGGGUGGGAAAUUUGGGGGUGUUACAAUUUUCUUUGUAGUUUCAUGUUCCAUUACAUUUCAAUAUUGUAUUGUGAUUAAUAUGAGCAUUAGAGGC